CCGUCACCACCAGCCGGAUCGGACUGACACUCCGAGCCGCCAUCCCCUGUCGCCACACCGGUACUAUCUCCCUCGCUUCCCCUCCACCCCUCUCCACCUCCCUCUCUCUUCACCUUCAUCUCAAUCCCUCCUCCUCUUCGUCUCCCUCCGCCUCCUCCUUCGGCUGUUGUUGCGCCGCCGCUGCUGGCGCUUCUGCUGCAGCUCACAACUUCCAGAGAGCCUCAUCUCCGGCACAACAAGUCCGCCCUCUGGCUCCCCCCUUACCGGCCGGGGGAUGCUCGUCUCGCUCGCCUUAAAUGCGAUGCGAUAAAUGGGCCGCGCAGGAUGUGAAGCCCCGCAAGAAGAAGCAGGAGGAUGGCGAAACCGGGCUUGUCUGCGGCCGCGCUGCCGCUGCUCCUGCUGGGCUCCUUCCUCUCGGCGUCCUCCGUUAAAGCCGACGCUGCGCUGUCAGCUCCACUCAAUGUGACCAUCAGAGAGCUGGAGGUCAACUCGGCUGUGGUGACGUGGGAGAUCUUGGAGGGAGAUCCCGUCAUCGGAUUCGCCAUCACGCAACAGAAGAAGGAUGUGCGGAUGUUGAGGUUCAUCCAGGAAGUGAACACCACCACCCGCUCCUGCGCGCUGUGGGACCUGGACGAGGAUACCGAAUACAUCGUCCACGUCCAGAGCAUCAGCAUGGGAGGCAGCAGCCCCCCCAGUCAGCCCGUUCUCUUCAGAACGCCAAAAGAGUCUGAGAAAAUGGCGUCCAAGAAUCCCGAUGAGGUGACGAUGGAGGAGGUUGGUCAGGAUGCCCAGCUGAGGGCCGGAGAGCUCAUCAUCAUUGUUGUGGUUCUCGUCAUGUGGGCAGGGGUGAUCGCCUUGUUUUGUCGUCAGUAUGACAUUAUCAAAGACAACGAGCCCAACAACAACAAGGACAAAGCCAAGAACUCCUCAGAGUGCAGUACACCUGAGCACCCACAAGGGGGGUUACUGCGCAGCAACGUCUAGGACCAACCUUCUGUCGCCUUCUGCAAUAACCAACCUAAGACCUCAGGACAGACCCUGAGACCAACAGAAAGCCAUUCUCAGAAAAAAGACAAAAAAAUAUUGAUGAACAGAUCAAACCAAUAAAGGAAUCUUCUUGACACAAUGGAAUGAGCUCUACAAGCGUGCAAGAUCAAAGGCUACAAGCAGCCGAACCGGAAACGGCGGACUGUCGCCUCCCUCCUGCCGAUACACGGCGGACUCUUGACCGGAGCUGCCCGAUUCAUACGGUUUUGUUACUCUUCGUCGGUGGCAUGGAAUCCCCCCUGACCUCUCUACCCUGGGAGUGUUGAUUGUCGAAUGUGAAUGUCAAACUCAACAUGUGGACGCCAGCUCCAAGGUGGCUGGAACUGGAGAUCGGCUGGUCCAGGUAUCAGCCAGCGCACAACUAUGACUAGAGUUCAUGUUUUCUGUCGGUCCAUCUGUUUUGGUUCCUUUCUGUCUUUGUUCCUGCUCAUCUCUCUCCUUGUCUCUCUGUGUUGGUGUGGCUCUAAUAAGCACAUUGCCGUUUGGUGCUCCUCUUACUGUGAUUGUUUCUUGAACUCCUCUACUGUCCCAACGCUGAUUGCAGUCUGAGUUUUCUCAUUGGGUAGAGAGUAAUGCAUGACGCGUGUCGUCUCCAGCUUUUCUCUCUCUCGUUACCGUCAGUUCAAAUGAUGCAUCCGUUCCUUCGCCUCACUAAACGGAACUUCAAACUCUCCCAUCAGCCCAGCAGAUCACAUCUGACAGGCUUAUUACCCUCCACCUAUAUUUUGCCGACGAGGUGAUGACUGAGUAUGGCUAUGAUUCACGGAGAGUUCAAGGUUUGACAAGGAGUGCGUCACCCGUUUCUGACUUAUUGUCACUUCGGGGUGAAAAACUACCGGGCCCCGCGCGGCGUGCCAACGUUUAGAAAGACGCCGCAGUGAGUUUGGGUAUCGUUGUUCGUCGCUGCAUAUUCAGCACCAUAUGCUGUUUGUGGUCCGCAGCAGGACGUGCAGGGGAUGUGUAUCCUCUAAUGCGACGUAGAAUUUGGCUGCGUUUCCCCGUGCGGUUUGGCCGAAGACCAAGGGGGAUGCCAGGAAGUGAAGGCCGUAAGAGGACACACUCAGUCCUGCGCUGGACCCAGAUCUGUCAAUGAAUGCGAGGCUCUCCGAGCUCCUGGCACACUCUCAGUAGGAGAACACAACAUGAAACAGGACAAAAAUCGGACAUUCAGGAACGUCAUCCUUAAAACUGGGGUAUGUUUCUUUAUAUUUAAAAAAAUUACAUAUUUGUUCAAACUGUCACUAUGUCCUCAUACAUGUCCUUAUACAUACAACAUGAGGCAAAUAAUCUGUGAAAAGAUCAAUCUAAUAUAGCUGUCCCAAAUAAAAGUUUCCGGUCUCACUUAAAAACAACUAAUCAAAGCCAGGAGGAGGGUCUUAGCGCUGUCAAUCUAUCUCGUGUACGUUCUACCAAACGUGAAGAAACAACUUACCUCUACAGGAAAACCCUUUAUCCACCGUCAUCGCCAUUAGGGGCCAUGCUAACUAGUCUUGGCACUCAUGUCAGCCUUCAUUGUGGUGAACCAGCUGUAGCGUAGCAGAAAGAAAGGGGGAGGGCGGUUGACAGCGCUAAGACCCUCCUCCUAGCUCUGAUUGGUUGUUUUUGACAGAGCUGUGUAUUUAUUCAAAUGAUAGAAAGUCUAAGGCGAGGGAGGUUGAUUUUUACAGAUUAUCUGCCUCACACCGUACUGUCACAACAUAGUGAGAGUUUUAACAAGCGUGAGAAAAAAAACAUAUUUUUGAUGAAAAUUAAACUGACAGACAACUAGAUUAAAACUUCCUUGAUGGUACAAUAUACCAUAUUGUACCUAUAUGGUACAAUAUGGUAAAUAUACAAUAUUUUAAGGCCACUUAUUGGCAGUAGCAUAAUCUCACACAGAAAAAUCUUGAAUUCUGGUGAAACGUUUCUACAUCAAAUUGGGGAAUGUGAAAUACUAAAAAUCCUUUUACUUAAAAAAAAAAAAAAAAGUAUGUCUUCCGCUUUAAAUAUGUCUUCCCACCAAGGUUCCCAGGGCGUUGGAGGGGGGGAAGGGGAGGUCCCACAGCAUUACAGGUCCUUCACCGUACUUAUGGCAUAGUGGCUUUUCCUUUAAACUUUGAUUGACUUAAAUACAUUAAAUACAGAUCCCAAUUAUGCAAUGGAUGCAUUUAUUGUAUAGAUAAUUGUGAAUGUGACAGCAAAAAUGUAGUGCUAAAAAUGUACAUUUUUGACAUGAGAUUUUUUUUCUCCUAAUGAAUUUCACUAAUGUAGAGAAAUUAAAGGUGGGGUUUCCCUACAUGUUUCAGCGUAACGUAGCAAUGAAAGGGAGAUUUUUGUGGUAUUUUACUCAUCUGUUCCAGGAGGGUCAAAAUAAGUGGUUGGCCCUGAAAGUCUGUCGCAAAUGGUUGUUUCUAAUGCUUAAUACACACAGGAAGCAAGUCACAAUGCCACUGUUCAGAUUAAUAAAUAAACUAGAAAUGAAACCAGUCGACAUUUCUAAUCAAAUAUUGGCCUUUGCGUGUUUCUCCAUGUCCCAGAGCUCCAUUGUUAGCAGACUGUUAUGAAGUUACAAAAAUCAUGCAACAACAAAUGUGGCCACUCUUAUUUAUUCUCCAAUCUCUCUGCUGUAGUGCAUGAAAUGUGUAUCGUUGCGCCACUGAAAAUGGUCCCCCGGCGUAACGCGCUAUAAUAAGUCCAUGUCAGAUCAACAUUUGUUGCCCGGCUGCCUUUAUCAGACCAGCGUAGUUGGUGGACAUUUGUGACUUCUUGUUUAGGAAAAGUGAAACGUAGCACCCCGCAGCUGUAUUGACACCCCUGUUAAAGACGUGUAAAAAAACAAUAAAAAAUUGUUUUGAUCCUUUUCUUACAUUUGAUCUGCUCAGACAGGAUUUAGCACGCUGUUGUCACAGCGUCAAAAGCAAACAGCAACACUGAUCAACUAAAAGGUGAAAAGCCACAUUUUUCUGCUUUUAUUUUACAUUUACAUAGUUAAACAAGUUGCUUUAUUGCAGUAUUUACAUACCAGAAAGGGUUCUGAUUAAUGGUGACACACUCGCUAUGUGUUAAAACAUCAUUCCUACCGCUUCCGUUUUUUAAAAUGCAAAUUUUAUGACAUCACAACCACAAACUUCACAUUUUUGGGGCUCAGAAGACAAAAUGGAAGAUCUUCAUAUAUUAUUUUUUUAGAAGCAAAAGCAAAUCUUAAAGGGGGAGAGAUUGCAUUUGUUCUUAGCCUCAUUUAAGCCAAUACCCUGAAAUAAAGUCCAGUGAAAGCAUGUGUUUUCAGAAAUAGCAGCCGCCAGUGGACUCCAGAGCGGUCACGACUCGCGUCGCUCCGUCUGUGCGAGUUACCGGCACACCGAGACAUUGCGAAACGUUUCGCUUGCUGCUCCAAAUUAAGCAUGCUCCACCGCACAAAGCAACGUCCGUAAAGAGAGGCAUGAGAGAGUUUUGUGUGAAGCAACAUGAAGUCGACCGGCCUUCAUGUUGCUCUGGCUUCAGCCCAAAGGAACGCCUAUUGGGAUGAAUUCAAGCUGAGGUUGUGAGCCAGGCCCAGUCAGCGUCUGACCCCCUCAAACGUGAUUCUGGCCCCGCAGGCGGCCUUCGCAGAAGAGUCAAAGCAGUUUUAAACAUCAGAAUCAUUUUCUCCUGAAAAGAGACACGUAUUUCUGUUCUGUUCUGAAUUUUUUUUACUUUCACAUGACCUCAGUGAUUCGUUUGAAUUAGUAAUCCAUGAGUCUCUGUUUCUCGGGCGUAAAAAAAUAAUCGUUUCUCUAAUGUCGUCUUCGAAAUGGAAAAGGCGAGAAAACAUACCAUUGAAGUAAGGCAGACGGCUGCAGUCAGAGCAACAAUAUUAUUUUUAAUCAACUAAUCUUCCCGCCAUAGACAGUACCUGUGUUUCUGUUGACCAUACAAUUGCGCAAAUUGGAAUUGCGAAAAUAAAUUUGCUUAAUGGAAACGCUGCAAUUUUGAAAAAAAAAAAAAAGUCACGUUCUUUUUCUGGGAUGAGGUGGUUUUUCGGCCGUAUCGAAAUUGGUGUAAUUUUCAAGACUGCAGCGGAAAUGUUUCUUGUUUGUGUCAUACGAGUCACAUGAUCAACAACUACUGGCAGAAGAGACAAAGAAGACGACAGGAAGCCGUAGGAGGACGAUGGCGCAGCAUCUUUUUGAAUGACUAAUCGUGUUUUAUUAUUUAAUGGAAACAGUGCAACAGCAAAAUUGUGUUUUUUCGCCAUAUUCAGACUUUUGACAACGUUUAGUGCACAUUUAAAAUGGAAAUGCAACCAGACAGAGUGAUGGUCAGAGAAGUAAAAAACUCCAAAGCCAACUGUCAGAGAACUGCAUUGAUUAAAGCAAUAAAAUAAAAUAAGCUGCAUCGUUAUUAUGGUCACUAAUAAAUUUGGCGGCAAGAGAGACAAAUAUAAAAAUAGUUCAACAAUCUGAAGCGAAAAUAAGAAUAUUAUCAAAAAAAAGACCUACUAAAUAUUUGAAACCCUUGCAAGUUCUUGACAAAGUUUGACCUUCACACUUAAUUGGUUGGAACUCCAUCAAGGCGUUCAUAGAAAUGAGCGAAGGACUUCCUCAGCUAAAGAUAAGGCUUCGUUAUCUCCUCCUUCGCUUCCUGUUCGGUUAAGCUGCUCUGUCCGCACAACCCCAACCACCGGCUGACUUCGCUCUGAAAGACAGUCAGAAAACACCUCCAGACUAAAGUCAGCGGAGGUUCUCUCUAUUAGAGGUAAUGAGUUCAUGGCUCAGUGCUCUGCUGGUUGAGAUGUCCUCUAAUCAUCAGCCUAGAUUUAUUCAUUCACACACAUUCAGGCUGGAUUUUAAUGCCAUCUUGCGCUGGGAGAAAAGCAGCCAUUUUGUGGCGCCGCCGCCUCAUCCUGCCACCGUCAUCAGCCCCUCCCAGCUACCAUCUCCUGUCCUCAUCCUCCUUCAUUCUUUCAUUUAUGACUGUACCCUCAUUCUUAAUCCUUCGUGCCGCUCUCCCUCCCUCUCAUACACAUCGCUAACCAUCCUUUCUUGUUUCUCUCCUCUCACCGCCCUGAUUCUCAUUACAUUCACUCUCCAAGGUUAGCCGCCGCCGUCUCCCGCUCCGCAUGAGCCCUUCGCUCUCUUGUUCCGGCCCCGGCCCUCCGCCUACCCCUCGCUCCUCCGCUCGUCUGUCACCUCUGCGUCCUGGACUGGCUGGAAAGGCCACCUCACCUGGUGACAAGUGAGGAGUAACGAAGGGUGUAGAAAUCAGUGAAAAGGUUGAAUCAAAUUGACCGUUUUUUGCUGCUCAUAAGCGCGUGCCUGUUGAGCGACUUUCCUUCACGAAAAUAUUUGAGAUUCUGCUAGCCCCAUCAAUGUUAACACAUGGGAUUAAUCAAAAAGUUUAAUGCGCUGAUUUAUCGCAUCACCUGUUUUGACCUAAAAGCCGCUGUCCUGCGGAGGGUUACUUAGUUCAAGAUAAGCGUGUCGCGAGUUCUUGUACUGCGGUCAACGAGGCAAAGUCAGAACCAUGAGUGAAAAGAUGAGUGAGGAGAGUCAGAUUGGUGUGCUCAGCCCCAAAUGUUGCUUUCGAAAAUACCACUCUGGUUAGGAACAGAGACUUUAUAGACCUCAUCUCAGGUUCAACUCCCAUCUUUGGUUUCUUGGACUUAAUUAAUCUGCCGCCCUCCUGCCAGAUUACUGUCAGACACAAGUGUCAAGGCCACGAGUGCAACAAAACUUCUUAAAUGACAAACACCACGAUGGAUGUUUUGAGUAAAACCAAGCUAGCAUGUAGCACACUUACUGCAAUGACAAAUAAUCCUUCCACUGAGGUACAACCAGUUUCCAGUAAACAUUUUUAAAUUAUGUUUGAAACAAAAUGGCUUAUUUGGAAACCUUCCUGAAUAUGAAAACCUGUAAAAAGUAAAACAUUUUCUUAAAUAUUUUUUUUAUAUUUCGAGCUUAGAAAUUGAAGCAGUGAUUAAUCACACAGCGCUAUUUUUCAGUCAAUCGACAGCACUCAUUUUUGCCACCAGAUCCACAUAAAAUGCUUAUAGUGUUGCAAAAAAUAUCCACCUUUUCGCUGUUGCACGACGUUAAGUGUUCAGACUUGUGAUGGUUGAAGGUGCGCUUCUUGAGUAGAUGACAGAAGUGGGGCGCUGCUGCCGCCGCGGCAGGUUUAAGCAACAACAGAUAAAUGAGUCAAAGGGGGCGAUGGAUGUCGAGCUUUAUCCAAGGCAAAGCCCCCGCAGGUCUGGGGUCAGAGUCAGAGGCAGCCCUGUAAGAAGCUGUGAAGAUUUAAUGCCAUUAUUGUUGCUCCGUCUGUACAGGUGAAGCAGAUGAAAGCCGGAGGAAAGACUCCACUCAGCAAAUCUGGAGAUAUUUUUAAACCGCCCACCCUGCGUCCUCUUUCUGUCUUUUUCUCUCUUUUUUUGUUCACUGCCCUGCUUUCAACAUGCUUUUUUUUGCUGUUUUAUUUCCCUCAACUGAAUGAACAUGCUGGAUUUUAUUCAGAGACAUCAGGGUGAAGAGAGUUGAACAGUUACCUUGCACUUUACCUUGUGUUGAUUGUGAUGAUCGAAAUCCUAUAAAAUCCCAAGAAAAUACAUUGACGUUUGUGGUUGUAGUAGUAUGACUAAAGUGUAAAUCGUUUUGCCAGGUAUUAUCUACUUUCUAAAUCAAAGCGUUUAAAUCCUCAAGCCAUUUAAACAAGCAGCUUCCAGGUUCGUUGAAUCGCCGUUUUGGUCCACAUAACCCCGGCUCUUGAGAACCCAGCCGCCACGAGCGCUUCUUAGGCAGUUUAGAGUAUUGAUCACAAGCUUAAAUGUGCUAAUGAAUGUCAUAUAAACGAGGGAGUUGUAUUGAUCUAUCUGGUAGGGACUGAUGACACAACAUCAAACUUUAUAGUGGUAGGUUGUUUUAGGUCCUUGUGUGUUUCUGCCUGGAUAUUCGAUCGCUCUUAUUGGCAGAACGUAAAGAGUUUAGAUCCAUUCUCUGAUUCCCUGAUCCCAUACCCAGCUGUAAGGAAUAACUAACACGUUUUAUACAUUCAGAUGCAUAUUAAAAACGAACAGACAUGUUUUUACAUUUAGAUACAUGUGUGACUUGAUACAGGUUAUCAUAAAAGGUACCUCUGUCUUUGAGCAUACCCCAAGUGGCCAUCUCUUUUGUUUAUACUCAUUAAUAAUUUGAAAAAUGAUCAUAAUACAUUGUACAUAAAGAAUUGGUCAAGAUGAAUUCAAUUUUAGCUAUUAAAGGAAGGAACUUGACUUGUUGGGCCCCUAAGGCUAAUUCUGUCUAAACAAUAGGACAUUGUAGUAAAAAAGUGAGAGCUAAGAAAGCUUUUUACAUAUAUACCUCUGUUGAUGUUAAAAUAAUUCUGGUUGAGAGAUAGUUGAGAUCAUCCAAUUGCCCAACCAAGUCUGACUCUCUGUACCUUUGUUUAGGCAAAAUUUGGGCCAAACAUAUUAUCUACAAAAAUAUAGAUUUUAAGCUGAGCUGACUAAAACCAGCCUGGAUAGCUCCAUAGAAAAUCCUGACCUUGGAUGUCAAGUGUGUGCAGGCGGCUAAAGAACUUCAUUCGCGUCCCGACGAUAACUUUUUCAUUUUGUUUCUUGAUCUAGCUCAGGAGACUCGUUCUUAACACCCACGUCGAGUGACCUUUCCGAGUGCCGCAAUCAAUCUGACGUAGAGGGUGAUAAAAGCACAAACGUGCCUGGUGACUGUAAUGCUAUUGAGUCUGAAGCGGUACAUUCCCUGUACCGGUCUAGUCCAAGCACACAAACACACACACACACACACACACACACACACAUGCUCUUAAACACUGCGUUCAUCCACCAACUCCAUUCCCGGCUGCAGUCCAAAGGGACCCAUUUGAAGAGGUGGCAGAAGGCAGGUCUGGCUUAGACUGCUCAGUCACUGUCUGUCUUGAGCUCCAGAAGGUGGCUGAACAGCUGCUCAAGGUGAGCAUGCAGUCAAAUGUGCAAAUAUGGAGCUCAGCCCUGGAGGAGACCAAAGGAGAGAGACGGAGACAGAGAGAGAGAGAGACGCAAAACUCAAAAGAGUAUUCUCGAAUGCGAAUUGUCACAGGCGCAGAGUGUCAAAGGAAAUCGUUGCACCCAGUCACUGUGUGAAGUUUGAGUGCUAACAUGUCUGGUGUGAUAUUAAGGUGCCGUCCUAUGAGGGAAUCAUUUACGGAAACCAUUCCAGGAAAGGGAAAUUAGCAUGAUAAAGUAAGUCUGUCUGCUCGUCUAAUUGUAUUGGACUAAUUGUAAUUCAUUGCUCUGCUUUACGUCCAUUAACGCGCUGCUCCAGGAGACGUACUCUCUGUUACAUCUUUCCUAAGUGAGAUGUUUGUAUGGAUGUAUGAAACCCUCAGUACGGCUCCAAUGUGAUUUAACUAAUCUCAUGUUCCUGUAAUACAGCGAAGGCUCCCGCAUACUCUGGCGUACUCUGAGCUCUCUUUGAGCCGCACGGACUACGUUCACCCCGUCUGCGGACGGUUGAGAUUUCAUAGGUGAGCGUACAGAUUGCCUACAUUUCCCACAAUCCAAAUGGAUACUAGCAAGUAUGACGGGCUGGUUGGGUACCUAGCCUCAUUUCUAGCUUUCACACACCUCUUAGUGUAGCACAAAGGGACAGUCUGGCUGAUGCUUGUCCUUACGGCUGCUUGUGCCAACCCUCAACCUAAUCAGAUUGGCGUCGCAUACAAAACAGAAUGUGAACACCAUUUCCUGCAAUUUGCUGUGCGACAACGAGUACACGUAAGGAGUUAUAAAAUUGUACCUUUCCGGUAACUGGGCGUUCUCAAAGUGAUGCACGUCCUGUUUGCGAGAGCCUUUUAGUCCUAAUAAUACCCCCCAAAAACUUAGUAACCCCAGUUCCUAUAAGUCAAACUUAAGUUUACAUUGUUUUGUUUACCAACUGAGGCCUACAAGAUGGCUAACCCCCCCCCCCCUCCCCAGGUAUGCCAACACUGUAGAUGACAGAAUAAGCAAAUGUCAAGAACUUUGGAUAAUCCCAUCAAGGCCCUACAUAGUUUAGCAAAGACUGAGGCCUUUUACUUACAGCAUAUAUUUGUACUUUCAGUUUAAGCAAAUAACCAAGAAGCAUGGAUUUAUAGCAGAAUAACAGAGUCUGUGUUUUAUGUACAAUCACAACGUCUGUGUUGACAUUUUGAUGUUCAUGGGAUAAAACCUGUUCAUGAGGGCUAGCAUGACUCUGCUAUCGUUCACACCCCAACAUAUACAUAUGAAUACAUACAUACAUAUAUAUAUAUAUAUGUAUGUAUAUACACAUAUACUAUUUAUAUGGAAAUAUAAAUGUCUAAUUAUGUAUCGACACAAAAGAAAUAAAAUAUUU